AUGCGGAAAUCAAUUCCAGUGCCUUGCUCCAAUUCAAAUCACAAGCUGUGUGAGAUUGACACAGUGGGGGAAGCUUUCGCAUCUCCUAGUUCACAUUACUUUGUAGUACGGUUGCAGCUUGAAAUUAAAGAAUACAGCACAUUUUCAAGUGCAUUGAAGAAAUGCUGUAAGCAAAAGAAAGACUCUGUGUUCAGCCAGGGAACAGAUGACUCAUCUGCUUCUCAGUAUUUUCAGUUUUAUGGCUGUCUAUCUCAACAAAUGAACAUGAUGCAGGAUUUUGUGAGGACAGCCACGUAUCACAGUGCUAUCCUACAAAACCACAUCGAUUUUCAAGACAAGGUGGUUCUAGAUGUGGGCUGCGGAUCAGGAAUCCUUUCAUGUUUUGCAGUGCAGGCUGGAGCUAGGAAAGUCUAUGCAGUUGAAGCCAGUUCAGUGGCAAAAUAUGCAGAGAUGUUGGUGAGAAGUAACAACCUUUCUGACAAGAUCACCGUGCUGUCAGGAAAAGUUGAGGAUAUCUCCCUACCUGAGAGGGUUGAUGUGGUAAUUUCUGAACCAAUGGGUUUUAUGCUGUUCAAUGAAAGGAUGUUGGAAAGUUACCUCCACUCCAAAAAAUGGCUGAAAUGCAAUGGAAUGAUGUUUCCAACAUUAAGUGACAUUCAUUUCGCUCCUUUUUCCGAUGAGCAGCUGUACAUGGAACACUACUCCAGAGCCAAUUUUUGGUACCAAGAGUGCUUUUACGGGGUCAAUCUCUCCAGUCUACGUAAAGCAGCCGUGGACGAGUAUUUCAGACAACCCAUUGUGGACACUUUCGACGUGAGGAUCCUGAUGGCUCGGACAGUGAAGUACACCAUCAACUUCACCGAAGCUGCGGAGGAGGACUUGCACAGAAUGGAGAUCCCUUUCGUUUUCCAUAUGAUGCAGUCUGGACUAAUCCAUGGCCUGGCCUUCUGGUUUGAUGUGGCUUUUGUGGGAUCACUGGCAACUGUUUGGUUGUCGACUGCACCGAUGGAGCCCCUCACACACUGGUACCAAGUACGCUGCCUUCUUCAGACACCCCUCUUCGCUAAAGAGGGGGAAACUCUCUCAGGAAAAGUGUUGUUUGUUGCCAAUGCGAGACAAAGUUAUGAUAUUCAGAUUGUGGCUGUGGUGGACCAGACAGGAUUUAAAUCUGGUAACAUUCUUGACCUAAAGAAUCCAUUUUUUAGGUAUGUCUAGAAUAUAUUGCAAUUCGGCCCCUGAAAAGAUGAAGUGAGAUUCUCACCAAGCUGAAUAACCAAUGAGACAGAAUUGAAUUCGGUUCCUAGUAGGCCUACUGGUCCUUGUGUAAAAUCAAUUUGUAAGUGUACAUAUCAGUAAUAAAAGAGUUUAUGCAAGUAACACAAUAAGGGGAUACUGUGG